AUGUCGACAGCUACAAGUAUCAAGGACUUGGUGAAACAGAAUGUGAAUGUUGCUUUCGUAGCAGGUGGGAUGGGAGGUGCACUUUCACGGACGGUUGUGUCACCAUUCGAAAGAGUCAAGAUCUUGCUACAAGUUCAGCAUUCCACCACAGCAUAUAACCAAAGUGUCCUUGGGGCUGUUAAGCAGAUAUAUAAAGAGGAAGGAGUUCGUGGGUUAUUUCGCGGCAAUGGUUUAAAUUGUCUAAGAGUGUUUCCUUACACAGCGGUGCAAUAUACGGUGUACGAGUUCUUCAAGAAAAGAGUUUUCGAUGUGCAUAAAGCUGGAUCCAGACAGCAACUAGAUAACUGGGAACGUCUUUUAAGUGGAGCCGUAUGCGGUGGCACAAGUGUAGUAGCUACUUAUCCUUUGGAUUUAGUGAGGACAAGACUAUCUAUACAAACAGCAAAUUUGACAAAAUUGAAUGCAUCCAAGGCAAAGAAUCUGAAAAAUCCACCUGGUAUUGUACAGCUAUUAAUUCGUACUUAUAAAGAGGAAGGUGGUAUUGCAGCUUGGUACAGAGGAUUGUACCCGACUAGUCUGGGUGUGGUGCCCUUUGUGGCUUUAAAUUUUGCACUAUAUGAAUUCAUGAAGGGUAGAAUACCAAGUGACAUUGACCCUCAUUGCGCGAACGCAUUUAAGUUGAGCAUUGGUGCAGUAAGUGGUGGAAUUGCACAAACUCUAAUUUACCCCUUCGAUCUACUAAGAAGAAGGUUCCAAGUUUUAGCUAUGGGAGGAUCUGAGCUUGGCUUCAAGUAUAAAAGUGUGGCCGACGCCCUAAUAACCAUUGGCAAAACUGAAGGCGUCAAAGGUUACUACAAGGGCCUCACAGCCAACUUAUUCAAGGUAAUUCCCGCAACAGCCGUCCAAUGGUGCGUCUAUGAAGUUGUUUCAGAUUUCUUAAACUCUUAUAAUUAA